UUUAUCUCGUGGGUUUCUUUUAAUGCUCGUGAGCCGAAUAAGCACCUAGAUAGCACCUUCCAUCUGAAUCAGUGCACUAACAUUCGAGGGAUCCCAAAUUUCAAUUCCGAACGUGAACUAAAACGAUCAUCGCAUAACGAAUGCCAGAAUGCUGGUGGAAAUGCCGGGGAAAUGCCAUCACCACCGACAUCAUCGAUCCGGUUGCUACGGCUUUCUGCGGUCGUCAUGGCCCGCACUUCUCCGCAUCUCAGCCAGCUCACGUCCUUCUCAUCUGUGGCAUCUUCAGUGUGUCUUGCUUUGUUUUUCCCGCGAAUAUUUCCCAUCUUCUUCGUUGCUAAAUUGCGCGAGAGCACAAAACUGUCGCAAUGCCUGAACGCACGUUUUACUCUCAGUAAGAGUAAGAGGGAUAUAGCAGUGAGCAGAACUGGUGGAAAACCUCGCUCCAAACAUCCUUGACGCGGUGAGAAAAUUCCCGAGCGAGUUUUCUCCUGCCAUGCCAGAGAUACGCUCCUCCAGAGCAGCAGGACAGAACCUCUUGCACUCACUCGUGCGCAGUGGUUCCACCACCUCCCUUUCGGCAACACCUUUUCUGGCGUCCACGCACUUGGGUGUUCUCACUUACUCGCUCUCACUGAGCGCGGGCGGAAAAUUUCCCUUGGAAAACUCAACCGACGUAUGCGCGCACCCCACAGUGUGUGCUUGAGUUCGGAAGCGAUCUGUAGUUGCGCUUGCGGGCUUCUUUUGCGUCAAUCGCGCGGUACCUGUAUCCCAUUUGGUUCGAUUUCCCUGAAAGUUCCCUUCGUUCAUUGGGAGCUGAAGGACAACGGCCUUUCGCGAUUUAUCAACAAACAUUUCACUGCGGCGCUGUGUUUCAACAAGUUUUACAGUGUACUAAAAAGUGUUCUAAAAUCCAAGUGCCCUACGAGCCAAAAGUGUGAAGUUUGGGGGUUUUAGUGAAGGGUAAUGCGAUUCGAGCUGGGACGAUAGCGCCCCCGAAGCGGUUGGCUCACGUCCGUAGUACCGGUUGGCUGUACGAGCGCUUCUGUCCCGUGCCGAUAGUGCACACGGAAGCCACGGAUCUGCGGGUGCACGCCGGUUGGCCAACGCGGGCAGCCAUCGGUCGCCACGGCAAGCAUCGACGCGUCAACGGUGACGAGAACGCGGAGCAGGAAGCGGAAGAGAUCGCGCUCAGCGAAGACGAUCACGCGAAAGAAGAAGAGGAGGAAGAAGCGGACGAGGACGACGGUGACGAAGACGACGAUUACGCCGAGCACUACGGUGAGCUAUCGGAACUUCGACCAACCGGCAUCAUUCGGAGUGCACGAACGUCGCAUCGACCGGUGGCCACCUACCAUCACCAUCUGCCGCACUACGACGAUCCGCCCGCAUAUAACCAUCAUCAUCACCACCACAACCACCAAGCGCUCCAUCAUCAUCAGCAGUCGCCGGUUCACUAUCGAGUGACGUUCGACGAACCACCACAGCUUGAGAUGGAAUCGGUGGGGCACCAUGUGGCCGUACCGAUGCGGGUUGGCGGGAAGAAGAUGCGCAAACGGCGCGAACUGGACGCACUCGUUGCCCAUUCGCUAGCGAAAGGAUCGAAAGGCAGUGGUCGGCAUAUCGCCAGCAAUGGAGUCGCUUCGCACGAUCAGCUCCUAUCGAAUUCGACCGACGAGCAGGAAGACUACUCAUGGCAGCCAAAAGUGCGCACACAGUCCCGGUGCCGAUCGAAACGGUUCUCCUGUCUGCGUACGUGCGGUCCACUCCUGUUCGUGUCCUGCAUCUUCAUCUCGCUUGGCUUCAUGUACUGGCUGUACUUCGAUAUCCGGCAGCAGAUAUCACAGUACCGUAUUCGCAUCGAGCAAGUGUCUGCCACUAGUCAAAAUGUACCGGAAGCUUUACAGAAGUGGCACGAGACGUCCAAGAAUCUGGAGCAAAACCAAACCGCACUCAAUGGGAAAUUGCGCGAUAUGCAGCAGAGGCUAACCAGCUUCCAUGAGGAUUUGAAACAAUUCCGUGAAGUGUUGGAGAAGAAAAAGGAAAACUCCCAAGAGACACAGUUCAAUCGCCUAACGGCGAAUGUCGCCGAUUUGGGUUCGAACAUUGGCGAGUCGAAAUCACGCAUCACCGUACUCGAAACGCAGAUCUCAACCAUCCAGGAUGAUCAGAAGCAGCUGAACAAAACGCUUAAUGAUAUACAGAAUCUAUUCGGUCGACUGCAGAACACUUCAGCCGGUUCCGGUAUCAUCGGUGGCAGUGGAGCCCAGGAUCUAGAGAAAACGAUUGCCGAUCUACGUGAACAGCUCACGGGCCGGUUGGACAAACUGGCGGAGAAUGUCACGGGAGAGCUGCAGACCCUGCGACAGAAAAAUCUCUGGCUGGUGGCGGAUCUGGCGAACCAUACGAAGCGUAUUGAGCAACUAAUUGAUAACACGGUCAACAUCUCAUCGGAGGUGUCAUCGAUCGAAUCGGUUUGGCUCGAUAUUCGUAACAACAUGAGCGGUCUCGAGGCAGAUCGGAAGACGAUCAACGAUCAGCUGGCCGCCCUGGCCAACGUAACAACCGGUCUCCACGGAACGAUCGCGAAGGUACAGGAAGAGUGCCAACAGUAUCACAGCAAGCUGGACGGGGUCAACGGUAAGCUCGGUGCGCUUCAGGAUCAAAUACAGCAGCUCCAGGAAUCGAAACAAGCGAUGCAUCGGCCACCGAUAGUACAGGAGCAGGAGCAGCAGCGGUUGGUUAACGCUACACAUCAGGAAAACAUGCCAGCCGCAUUGUCGAAGAUAUUCGAAGAUCAGCCACCGAUUGCCGAAGCGGAGAGGAUAUCGGUGGCCAUCAAACCGAACGAUGCUCCUAGUAGCACUACGGUUGAUCCAGUUCAUCCAUUGACGGGAACCUCGGUAAUGCAACCGGUCACAACAGCGAAACCAACCGGUACAAUCGAAGUCAAAGCAGCAGAAGUAGCUUCUGGAGGGGCACCGAUGAGCAAAAAAGGGGCCGCAAUGUUCGAUUCCGCGAUGUAAACUAGGAAGACCGAUAGGAGAUGUGGCCAGGGCUGGCUGAAUGAAAUGGGAGAAUGGAAAACCAAAGUUUUUAAAUAAUUCAAUUGACAUUAAGUGAGCUGGAAUGCUACUGCAGUAAGGCGAGAUAUUUGAAUGAAGCAAGAGUAAGGAGUAGUCUCUAGGGGAACAGAAGAGUUUUGAAACAAAAGAAGCUGAAUAGAAAAAGGAAAUUCAUGACCAUGCCCCUUGGAAGAUAACACGGAGCUGCAGCUAUACGAUGAGGGGGGUUGCGUGGGCGCUAAUGAUAAAAAGCAAUGUGUGGCGCGUUGAAGAAAACAUUAACCGAAAUAGAAAACAAACCCCGAAUAGUUGAAAACAAUGGAAUGAAUUCAGUCAAUCAAAAAAUACAGAUAGAUUAGCCAGCCAAUUUGCCAGCAGAAAAAAGGCGCCAGCGACAGCGCAUUUCUGAAGCGACGGAUGAGUUAUCAAUUAUUAUCGAACACAGAACAUCGAACAAGAAUAUGGCAGAAAACACUAGUAAACUUUCCAAAAAAACAUUAUUAAACACUUUGCAAACCUCCCGUAACCGUAACGUAGCUGUUGCGCGCACUUUAUGAAACUACACAGAACAGAGAACCCCUGACACCGGUGCGGUCUGCACUGUAGUAGUGAGACAGAUGUAGGAACACUAGAAACUAAGAAGAUAGAAGCGCGAUCAAUUUGAUUCAAUCCUCCCCCUCGCUCGUUAUGAUGAGAACGUAUGCCAAACCAAACACAGGAGAACAUGGAAGCAUAGUAAGAUGAUCCCGCUCCCCUUUUAGUACCUUUCUCGGUUUUGUAAUUUAACUCAGUCCAUCACAGGCAUCAACGGAAUGACUGGCACUGAUAAGGAGUGAUUCGACAAAGUAAAGAUGAGCAACAGGAAGGUAUCGAUCGAUGGUGAUCGCGCAGAAGAACAGGUAGCUAUUACUAUUUACUGAUAUUUAGAGAGGGAGAGAAAGAGCGCGAGAGAGUGAAAGAUGGGCCCCGAAGGACCCCGAGGGACGCGACGAGGGAUGGAACUCAACACAAUUUUUAGAAACGCACCAGCAUUAUCCCUUCACGAGGAUAGAGAGAUAUACAGAUAUAUGUAUGUGUAUAGAUUUGAAUAUAUUUUAGAGGCAACGAGUCAAAAGCCCCCACACGAGGCAGAGAUCAUCAUGCUAGGACAAGCAGGACACCUAUUACGCUCACACAUCACACAUACCUACACGGACGGUCGGCGGUCGUCGUCUAAGUCAUGCUUCUUUAAAGACUUGUCCAUUAGCUCUGUUCUCUGUCCCUGUCCCCUUGGGAUCGGAAUGGUUGGUAACACUGAGUGCGUUUCAAGUGAUAAGUAACACAGGUACACAAGAAAGUCGUCCGUGAACGUCCUCGGUUGAUGAGGAACCGUCACAGGAGGUUGUUUGUUUUAAUUUAAGUGUCCAGUAGACAGGGAUUUCAUUUUGAUCGUUAGGAACCUGCCUUCGGUUUUGCCAAGAGGAAGUAUCGUUUACUAUAUUGGGGUCCGAGGAACCUGGGUCAGCUCCCGCUAUUAGGUUAAGGCUGUUUAGUUCUAGUGUUUGCGCUCGCUCGCUUAUUUUUGCGCUCUCCAGAUUGAUUGUUGGGUUGUUAACGAGAUGGUGACGACGACGAAAAGAGUUAAGCACAGGGCUUAGACAUUAAGCAAUCACACGGUCGCUCGAUCACAUCAAUGGCAAAAAGCGUAAAUCACAUUCAUACAGCACCACGAUCUCGAUUCUCGGUAGCAGAAGCAAAAUUGCCCACGUUCUAGCGCUGCCACUACACUGCGCCGGUACUAUUGUUUGUGAGAGAGCAGGUUGUACUUAUCAUUUUAGUUUUUUUUUAACUUUUAUAUUUGAAUUAUUUUAGCAUUAUGGUUAUAUACAAGCGAUACCGAACAACGCGAGCGCCGCAGUGCCGUGUGGUUUUUCCUUUUGCCUUUUUCCAUAUUUGUUACGUUUAGCUACUAGAGGUUCUUGGCUAUCAGGUUAUGCUCAUUCGCUCUUUACACACACGCUCUGCCACCUUAUACCCACUCGUUGAUUGCUUUUUAGCAAGAAAAGAAGAAAAACACAAAACCGUGUGGAGCGGAUCUCAAGAAUCACGUUUUUUUCCCCCCGGUAGAGACCAACAAAUACGUAUAGUAACACGAGAGAUCGAUGCUGCUCGGUGGCACAGGUAGGACGAUGAGAUUCCAGCAACAUCAAAUUCUGAUUGCGUCCUUCCCUCCUUCCCCAAAAUAAAUCCUUUCGAAUUAAAAGCAAACCUGGCAUUGUUUUUGCAUUGCUUUUUCCAAUAAAAUUUAUUAAUAUCACA